CUGGGGGGAGCCACUGCGGCGGCUCCUCCUCGCUGCGAGCCCGGCGCUGGUGGCUGCGCUUUGAAGUCGGGGAGGAGGAAGAAGAGGAAGAGGAGGGAGCGGCCGGGGCUGCCGCUGCUCCCCGGCACCCGCAGCAUCGCCAGAAUGAAGAUCCUCAGGUGGAGGUGGAGCAGCAUCUCCGGCAGUGCGCAGGCCCAGCUGAAAGGUGCCCUGGCCCUUCUCUUCAUGGGCAACGUUGCCUUUGUGAUAGCUCAGGACAUGCCGCAGACCUCCAACAGCCUGGAGGAAGGCGCGGAUGUGACCGCCUACUGGUGGGGCGAGUGGACCAAGUGGACGGCGUGCACGAGGACCUGCGGCGGGGGUGUCAAGUCCCAGGAGAGGCACUGCCUGCGGCAGAGAAGAAAGUCAGUGAGUGGGCUGGCUAAUAAAACUUGCACUGGAACAUCCAAAAGAUACCAGCUCUGCAAAGUACAAGAGUGCCCUGCAAAUGGAAGGAGCUUUCGAGAGGAGCAGUGUUCAUCCUUUAACUCCCAUGUGUAUAAUGGAAGAACGUAUCAAUGGAAGCCUUUAUAUCCUGAUGACUAUGUUCACAUUUCUAGCAAGCCCUGUGACCUCCAUUGCACCACUGUGGAUGGUCAGAGACAGUUAAUGGUUCAGGCUCGGGAUGGAACAUCCUGCAAAUACACUGAUUUCCGAGGGGUUUGCGUGUCUGGAAAAUGUGAGCCAAUUGGCUGCGAUGGCAUUCUCUUUUCCACCCACACCUUGGAUAAAUGUGGAGUUUGCCAAGGAGAUGGGAGCAGCUGCACUCAUGUGACUGGGAGUUACCGGAAAGGAAACUCUCAUCUUGGCUAUUCUCUGGUAACGCACAUUCCUGCUGGAGCGAGGGAUAUCCAGAUAGUAGAACGGAAAAAAUCUGCAGAUGUUCUGGCCGUGGCUGAUGAAGCUGGCUACUACUUCUUCAACGGGAACUACAAAGUUGACAGUCCGAAGAACUUCAACAUUGCAGGCACGGUGUUCAAGUACCGCAGGCCCAUGGAUGUCUAUGAGACUGGCAUAGAGUAUAUCGUUGCCCAAGGACCAACAAAUCAAGGACUGAAUAUAAUGGUUUGGAAUCAAAAUGGCAAGAAUCCAUCCAUCACGUUUGAAUACACUCUCCUGAGGAAGCCACACUCAAAAAAUCUCCAGCCUAUCUACUACACCUUUUCUGAGUCAGAUAGUGAAGAAAGCAGAGAGUUUGAUGGAGACGUGCCAUUGGGCUUUCUCCAACACAAUGCAACCUAUUUUGGGAAAAUCUCCAGGGAAAGGAUAGACUUGGAGAACCAGGUGUUUGGAAGACAGGACACGGAGGAAGAUUUAAACUUGAGCAAAGGUCAGGAAACCAAUGAGGUCUAUGAAAGAGCAGAAACAAUUGACUGUGAGCCAAAACUGAAGGGCAAACAACCCAAAGAUUCAAACGUAACCAGGUCUACUUACCAGACAGACCAUGAUGACAGAGACUUCGACCCCAGGCUCACCUCCAGAGAAUUCCUUUCGGAGAACGCCAUCACGGACAAGCUGCUAGACAAGUCCUCCGACUCGAAGGAGCUGGUGCUCAACAUGACCAUGAACAGCAUCUUCGCCCAGGGAGACCCGCUCAACUCUGUGGGGUCGCACAUUGACAGCCUCUAUGUUGACUAUGAAGACACGGAUGGCCUUGUGACCUACACCAUCAAUAGCACCUACAUGGAGCUGAGUAAUGGCAAAGCCGUCAACACGUCUGCAGAGACUCCCUUCUCAAACGCCACUGUCACCAUGACCAGCCCUCAAGGGAACAGAACCCACAAAGCAAGAAACAGAUUGAAGUUGUUAAGAAAGGGCCAAGGUGUGAGUGCUGCUGACAUGUACAGGUGGAAGCUUUCCUCCCAUGAACCCUGCAGCUCUACAUGUACCACAGGUAGUUAUAAGACGCAGCCAAACGCAGCCUCUGCACAGCCGCCGAAACCACCCGGAGUGAUGUCCACGUAUGCUAUGUGUGUGCGCUAUGACGGGAUUGAAGUGGACGAUACGUACUGUGAUGCCAUGACCCGCCCCGAGCCCGUCCAUGAGUUCUGUGCUGGGAGAGAGUGCCAGCCAAGGUGGGAGACGAGCAGCUGGAGCGAGUGCUCCCGCACGUGCGGCGAGGGCUACCAGUUCCGCAUCGUGCGCUGCUGGAAGAUGAUCUCCCCGGGCUUCGACAGCUCCGUCUACAGCGACCUCUGCGAGUCGGCCGACAUCACCAGGCCGGACGAGCGCAAGGUCUGCAAGAACCCAGCCUGCGGGCCCCAGUGGGAGAUGUCGGAGUGGUCGGAGUGCUCAGCGCGGUGCGGCGAGCGGAGCGUGGUGACGCGGGACAUCCGCUGCUCGGAGGAGGAGAAGCUGUGUGACGCCAGCGCCCGGCCCCUGGCCGAGAAGAACUGCACCGGGCCGCCCUGCGACCGCCAGUGGACUGUCUCCGACUGGGGACCGUGCAGCGGCGGCUGCGGGCAGGGCAGGAUGAUCCGGCACGUGUACUGCAAAACCAGCGACGGGCGCGUGGUGCCGGAGUCGCAGUGCAACCUGGAGACAAAGCCGCUGGCCAUCCACCCCUGCGGGGACAAGAACUGCCCGUCGCACUGGCUGGCGCAGGACUGGGAGCGGUGCAACACCACAUGCGGCCGGGGCGUGAAGAAAAGGAUCGUGCUCUGCCUCGAGAUCGUCAAUGGCAAGAUCAAGACCCGCAACCCCGCCGACUGCGACGUGGCCAAGAAGCCUGUGGAGGAGACGACGUGUUUCGAGCGGCCGUGCUUCAAGUGGUACACGACCCCCUGGUCGGAGUGCACAAAAACCUGCGGCAUCGGCGUGAGGAUGCGGGACGUGAAGUGCUACCAGGGGAAGGACAUCGUCCGCGGCUGUGACCCGCUGGUGAAGCCAGUCGGCAAGCAGACCUGUGACCUGCAGCCCUGCCCCACGGAGCCCCCAGAUGACAGCUGCCAAGACCAGGCAGGAACCAACUGCGCUCUGGCCAUCAAGGUGAACCUGUGCAGCCACUGGUACUACAGCAAAGCCUGCUGCCGCUCCUGCCGUGCUCCCCACUCCUAGUGCGGGGCCGUGGGGGCCCGGCCAGGCUUCUUCCCCCGCUGCCGGGGUCCCAGGCACUGUGCAGGGCGAGCUGCCGGGCCCUAAGGGCGUUUCCCAUCCAUCCUGCCCUGCCGGUGCAGAGCUGCUCCCCUCUCCUCCCUGGUCAUCAGAGCUGUACAUAGAUCCUGUAUAUUUGAUUUCCCCUGACGGCAGCCAUUCACCCCUUUUUUACAAGGUCUUGUCCUUUGGUUUCUUUCUGCCUGUGCACGUUUGGGGUUGGCAAUAGGGCGGCGUGAGCCUGUUGGAGGGAGAGCACCAGCACCUUUCCCUUGCGAGAGUUAGUGCCUCCUCCCUCAUUUGUCCCCAAAACCUGCGCUCUCGUUAGCUGCAUUUAACAUGGUGGGGAGCUGAUCUUCAUUUGCUAAAUGAACUCGAGCCCAGGCCCUUUUUUGUAAUAUGUAGGUGUAUACUUUUUCAGAGGAUUUUAUCUUAUAAUCAAAUGGUAGUUCCAUAGUCCUUACCAAAAAAAAAAAGGAAACAUAAUGCUGACAUAUUGUAUAUAAUAUGGAAACAUAACUGCACUUUAUAUCACAAAAAAGACGUGCUCUUUUUUAAUAUAUUUGUUUACAUACAGUGAACUUUAUCCACAUAAUCAUUAAUUUGUACUCAUAUGUAUAUUUUAAUAAAAUUGUCAUAUUUA